GUGGAACCUUGGUUUAUUAAUUUGACACUAUAGUGAUUUAUUUGUUUGUGGUAAAAUUACAAAAUCUGCCAUUGUCGGUGGCUCUAAGCACUCACAGUAGCACUCAUACUUCAAAUCCUCCUCCGUUGUAAGCUGUAACCAAGACAAGUGCCUCCGGAUCUGAACCGGAAGUAGCAAUGUUCGGCCGAUCUGCGCUUCACCGAGCCGGCGGUUUCCGUCCGGAGAACCUAGGUCAAAACGCACUUAACCUAAUCGGAAACAUAGGCUUCUCCCUCUUCGUCGUGGGCGUCCUCGUCUUCACCAUCAUCGCCGCCACAUACGAGCCCGAAGACCCUCUCUUCCACCCCUCCGACAAGAUCACCACUUUCCUCACCUCCACAUCCAACGCCACCUUGAGAUCCGACGAGUCCGUCGUCAAAACCGGCGAAGAUUUCAUGCCCGUUAACCAAACGGCCUUCGCGGCGUUCAUCAACAUCACCGACGUGGAAGCCACCGCCACCGAGGAGAACGAGCUCGACUGCGAUGCGAGCGUCCCCGUUGAUUGCAAAGACUCUGAUGUUUUCCAUCUCAUGAUGAAAGCCACCAUUGAGAGGUUCAAAGACAUCCACUUUUACAAGUUCGGUAAGCCUGCGGUUGGUGAAGGUGCCAACUCUUGUGACAUGGCGUGGCGUUAUAGGCCUAAGGAUGGCAAGUCUGCUGCCUUUUACAAGGAUUACAGAAGGUUUGUGAUUCACAAGUCUGACAAUUGUACUCUUAGCGUGGCCACUAUUGGAGAGUAUCAUUCUGGUUUGAACGCUAGGAAGAGGAAGAGGAAUCAGAAAGCUGGUUUUGAGAAGACUGAUGCCAAGAGAGAUGAUUUCUCUUUGCCUCUUGUUGGUGAAGCUGUUAAUGACUCUCUUCCUACGGUUGAGUCUGACAAGGCUUUUACAAGCGGCAAGUACUUGGUUUAUGUCGGUGGAGGUGAUCGGUGCAAGAGCAUGAACCAUUUCCUUUGGAGCUUCUUGUGUGCGCUUGGUGAAGCUCAGUAUUUGAACCGGACUUUGGUCAUGGAUCUGACUCUCUGUCUGUCCUCUGUCUACACUUCCUCUGGGCAGAGCGAGGAAGGGAAGGACUUUAGGUUCUACUUUGAUUUCGAGCAUUUGAAAGAAGCUGCUUCUGUCUUGGAUGAGGCUCAGUUUUGGGCAGAGUGGGGGAAGUUGCAUAAUAAGAAGACUAGGUUGGGCCUUCAUCUCGUGGAGGACUUUAGGGUCACGCCCAUGAAGCUUUCCGAUGUCAAAGACACGUUGAUCAUGAGGAAGUUCGGGUCAGUAGAGCCUGAUAACUACUGGUACAGAGUUUGCGAGGGAGAUGCAGAAUCUGUCGUUAAAAGACCGUGGCAUCUUCUCUGGAAGUCAAGAAGGUUGAUGGAGAUCGUCUCUGCCAUUGCUUCGAGGCUAAACUGGGAUUACGAUGCAGUGCAUAUCGAGAGAGGAGAGAAAGCUAGAAACACGGAGCUUUGGCCCAAUCUUGAAAAAGAUACUUCUCCGAGUGCUCUCUUGUCGACCUUGCAGGACAAAGUAGAAGAAGGAAGGAAUCUCUACAUCGCAACGAAUGAAGCGGAACUAUCUUUCUUCAACCCUUUGAAAGACAAGUACGCUACUCAUUUUCUUGACGAGUACAAAGACCUGUGGGACGAGAGCAGCGAGUGGUAUUCGGAGACCACAAAGCUUAAUGGAGGCAACCCGGUCGAGUUUGAUGGUUACAUGAGAGCAUCUGUUGAUACAGAAGUGUUCUUGAGAGGGAAGAAGCAGAUUGAAACAUUCAAUGAUCUUACAAACGACUGCAAAGAUGGAGUUGGGACUUGCAACGUUGCAGCUACUUGAUCUUCUAUCUUUAGAUUCCUCACUUUCUUUGUUGUUUGAACCACCUUGUUCCACUUGUUUUUAGUUUUGUCCUUGUAGAAUAGCUUUGUCUUUCCCAUAACUGUUGUUUCGUCUUUGUUACCUUUAGACCAGUAUUCGACCUUCUGUUCCUUC